CACCUUCUUAGGCGUGGGUGAGUCCAAAGGAGACACUUUGUUCGAGCAUCGGCUGGCGCAGGGUGUUGGUGGACAGAACAGUGGAACGAUAAGGUGUACAAAGGUCGGCAGAAGCGCUUCUCGAAGCUUUCCCCAAAGGAGGAGGUUUCGAAAGGAUAAUAAAGACAAUUGUGGUAUCUGAAGCUGCUCCGCGGCCAACAACCUGGCGAGCGUGCAGGCUCACUAUCACUGCGACACCCACUACUAGGUCCAUCUGUAUAAGUACACACUGCGGACACCAUAGCCCCUUCAUCCCCAUCCGUUACUCUUCGCUACUCCAAAACUCAACGGUGCACGCAGCGGCUCAGAGCGACUCCGAUGAUUCCCAACAGCUCCGCAUACAUCCAUGCCACGCACCUGGCAUAUCGAACUCACGCUAGCAUUAGCCCGCGGCGAACAACCCACAGGACUACUCCAGCGCAGCCGACGAUUGAGCGGUGGGACAGAGACUCUGCACACCCCUGCGGCCCUCCCUCUAGCGAGCGGUAUGGAAUGUACCGUCGGCCCACCGAGCGAAUUGCGCACGGCAGGGGCACUCCAUCCCAACGCGAUGGCAGUCCGUGGUCCCAUGGGGAUUCGGCAGUUGAGAAGACUAGGCAAGAUGAGCCCCUACUUUACGUUGGCCGGGAGCAGCUUCAACCGGGAGCAGCUUCAGCCGGGUGGAAGAGGGAAAGUCAUACAGCAGUCCAGCGACGCUCAACACUCUCAACGCAGACAGAAAGACAGACAGCAUUCCCCAAAGGAAACCGCUCCAAUAGCAAUGGCAAAGCCCAAGCCACCCUAGCGUCGAUCUCACCUAUUACUCCUCCUGUAAAUACAGGUAUGCAAACUGGAGAGAUAUUUGCCUGAUCGAUUGGAUGCCAGCCACAACAUCGAAGCGGAGGGACGUCUCGGGUCGUGUAUCUUCCCACCGCACGGGAAAGCGGCAGGAAGGCGGGAUUAUGA